UAAGUCUUAUUUAUCGGUUUCGUCCGUAUAACGACUUUUCCUUUUACUUACAACGGGGAGUCAUUUAUUCACGAACUAUUUGCCAACGCGCAUGUAGGUGUGACGUAUGAAAAAUCGCUACAUAGCGGAAUAAUUUUAUCCCCAUUAAGUAAGCUGUCUGCUUCUUGCCAAGCAGCCAGCUGCAUUAAUUUCAACCCAAUUUCUGGAGGGUAAAAAAUAUUUGAAGCUCUUCGAUCCACCCGAAUUGCUCGUAACAAGUAAAUCUCAUUCUGGCAAGCUCAAUCAUGGCUACGGAAGUCUAUCGUGAGCUCAAGCUCUACAUAACCCCAGAAAAGUUUUUCUUUGAGCCCCUGGGUGGCAAUGGCAACCUUAUGGUUAUUGAUCGAGUCAAUCAGGAUAUUUCAUUGCAAGUUAACAAAGGCCAAAUCCCACCUUCGUCAAGCUGCAAAUUGAUAAGUGGAAUCAUGGGCACCAUUCGUCUUCUUGCCGGAAAUUAUCUGGUGGUGAUAGUAGGCAAAAAGCACAUUGGUACUAUCAAUGGUCAACCAAUUUUCCAAGUCACUGAGACUGAAGUCAUUCCGUACUCCCGAACACUUCUGCAUCUUACCGAAAACCAGAUGGCUGAUAACAAGCUGUAUGUUUCCAUGCUCGAAAAUGCAUUGUCAACCCCCUAUCUGUACUUCUCAUACACUUAUGAUUUGACCCACACGUUGCAAAGGCUGCAUAAUAUUACUCCAGAAUUUUUAAAAACAGCCCUUCAUGAGAGAGCAGACCAACGCUUUUUGUGGAACGGACAUCUGUUGCGAGAAAUCGCUCAUCAUUCUGAUGUGCAUUCAUUCUUUGUUCCUGUUAUGCAUGGCUUUAUCUCUAUUAACCAAUAUACCAUUCAAGGAAAGGCAUUUUCAUGGACUGUUGUAUCAAGACGCUGCCGUUUCAGAGCUGGAACUCGGCUCUUUAUGAGGGGUAUUGACUCGCAAGGAAAUGUUGCAAAUUUCGUGGAAACAGAACAAAUUGUUGAGUCGAAUGGUGAUAAAUAUUCCUUUGUACAGACUCGAGGUUCCAUUCCUCUCUUCUGGAAUCAGUUACCCAAUUUGAAGUACAAACCCAAACCAGCCCUUGUCGUGGGUGAGAAUCAUGCAGAGGCAGCAAGCAGGCACUUCACCACUCAGAUUUUCAACUAUGGCAGACAGGUUUUAGUGAACCUGAUUGAUCAUCGUGGUGCUGAAGAUGUUCUUGAAAAGGCUUUUUCCAACAUUGUGAACCAAGUUUCUAACCCUAAUAUAAGAUAUGAAGCUUUUGACUUUCAUGCUGAGUGCAGUAAAAUGCGUUGGGACCGUCUCAGUAUUCUUCUUGACAGAUUAGCUCAUGAGCAAGAUGAACUUUCUAUGUUCCUGCUCACUCGGGAUGGUACCCUAGUGUCUCAACAAGAUGGGGUCUUCAGAACGAAUUGCAUUGAUUGCUUGGAUAGAACCAAUGUUGUUCAAAGUAUGUUGGCCAAGCGUAGUCUCACAAAUGCACUCCAGAAAUUGGGAAUUUUACCUGCUGCCCGCCGGGUUGAAGAUGAAUAUGGCUUAGAAAGUCUUUUCCGAACUGUCUGGGCUGAUAAUGCUGAUUAUAUGAGUAUUCAGUAUUCAGGAACAGGAGCCUUAAAAACUGACUUUACUCGCACUGGAAAACGUACUAGAAUGGGUUUGGCAAAAGAUGGAAUGAAUUCAUUGAUCAGAUAUUGCAAAAACAAUUUCUUUGAUGGUUUUCGACAGGAUGCUACUGAUUUGUUGCUUGGCAACUACAUCAUUGAAGAUGGUGAAGGGCUUACUCGGCCUUGUCCCCUUCAAGCGCCAAAGGGUUGGCGGUAUCUUACUUUCCCUUUGAUUCUGCUGGUUGCAAUUGCCAUGUUCUUUGCCAACAUUAUUACUCCAUCAGAACACACAACUGCAGUGCUGUUGUACAUCCUCUUCUGGGGUCUUAUGGUCAUGGCUACUUUCUUCACCAUCAUGUUCUAUGGCACUGAGUUCGUAGACUACCCUAAACUAUCUGAUUUAAAGAAACCUCAGUAACUCAGAUCGUAGCUAAGCAAUGAAGUUUCCAGCUGCAUAUCCAACAAUUGGCGAAAUGGCUGUGUUAUUGAAACAUAAAGUUGGUAGAUGUUGGCUUUGGUUAGUCAAAAAGUAUCAAAACUAAUGAUAAGUUAUUUCAACAAUUAUUAGAGAUGCCACCUGCCCAAAUUUAGUCCUACACACUCCUCAAAUGUCCAUGAGGCUUUGCGUACUUAUGCUCACUUACUAGUAACAAUCACUCUUUACCUUAUGCAAUGAAUUUGCCUUGCCUUUAAUUGCAUUUAUAAAUGCAAGUUAAUUAUUUUGUGGCUAUGAAGCUGCAUUUGUUAUAGUAUUUGUAAUUCAGUGACAUUGAGAAAUUUGACUAGUCUUCCAACUAGGUGUUGGGUUCCACAGGUUACAUGAUUUUUAAGUACUGUUUUGCAACUGUUUCAUUCCUUAAUGUUUUUGAAGUGGUGUUGAUGUUCAUUGACCUGGUGUUUUACUGUCUCCUGCACCAAUGAUUUUUUUUUUUUUUCAAUUAGCAUUGUCCAUUAAAAUGUAUGAAAUUGUAGUUAGGUAACAGUGCUGCUCAAAUAAAUUUCAUUAUCUUUAUGUAAGUUAUAUUUUUUAUGAUAGAGAUUUUGACAUAAAUGGUAAGAUAGUGAUGAGAAGACUUCAGAUUUGUGUUGUUUUUAAGUGUUGUUGAAAUGUAUGUCGUUUGAUGUUUAUGUCUAUUUUAAUUUGGGAGUAGUUGGCUUGUGUUUCGCUUGUUUCCUUAUAAAGGAUAAACAGUUCUCCAUUACAUUUUAAGGUGUAUCACUUACAUAGCUGUACAACCUUUCCCCUGGUAUUUGUUGUUGUAAUGUUUUUAAUGUUAAUGUAUGAUACAACUAGAUUUUGAACUUGUCAAAAUUAAGUAUUGUUUACAUUAGACUGUGGAUUACAAAUUAUUUCUUAGUUAUAUUGGAAUGGUUUACUGUUUGUUCAUUGUUAUGACUCCCAAGUUUAACAUGCCCUUUUUUGCAUUCUUCUUUAUGAAUUAAGCUUAUAUGUUUGCAAACAGAAUUUAUUACCAGCUACUUUAUGUAUUUGUAAAAUCUUUCCCCAUUCUUUUUGUCUUUUUUAUCGUACUAAUGUUUUUUUUUCUUCUUUUUUAAUUUAUAUAUGUUGUUGAAAGGUUUAACCUUCUUUUAUUAGAGCUAUUAUAUGCCAUGGUUUAAAGUAUCUCGGCAGAGAUAAAUAAAUAUUUAAAGAAAAAAG